UUCCGGUGUCCUCCAAUAAAGGUCAAGGCCGUAUGCAGACGCUUUAAGUUAUAGGAUACUUUAAACAUUUCGUGGCGAAUCGUGUAAAAAUGGCUUUGACAAGCAAAACUAUUCAAACUAAACCUUUUGAUGGACAAAAACCUGGCACAAGUGGUCUAAGAAAAGCCGUGAAGGUGUACCAGGAGGAAAAUUACACAGAAAAUUUUGUGCAGUGCACUUUGACAGCUGCACUUGGAGAAAAAUUGACAGGCAGCACACUUGCAGUUGGGGGUGAUGGCAGGUAUUUUGGCAAAGAGGCAACUCUAAGAAUCAUACAGAUCUGUGCUGCAAAUGGGGUGUCCAAAUUACUUGUUGCUCAUAAUGGUUUGAUGUCAACCCCUGCAGUGUCAUGUGUCAUAAGGAAGUACAAGACAGAUGGUGCCAUUAUUCUAACAGCAAGUCAUAAUCCUGGAGGCCCGGAUGCUGAUUUCGGUCUCAAAUACAAUAUUGCAAAUGGAGGUCCAGCUCCAGAAGGUGUCACCAAUGCUAUAUUUGAAAUGACAAAAACUAUUACAUCGUAUAAAGUCUGUCCAGAUCUUACUGUUGACAUCUCAAAACUAGGAAAACAAGAAUUCCAAGUUGAUGGAAGAUCAUUUACGGUGGAGGUGAUAGAUUCAGUGUCAGACUAUGUAGCCUAUAUGAAGGAAAUAUUUGACUUUGGUGCCAUCAAAGGUUUACUGCAAGGAAGUGGAGGCAAACCACCACUAAAUGUUCUCAUUAAUUCAAUGCAUGGAGUAAUGGGUCCUUAUGCAAAGAAAGUGUUUCAAGAAGAACUUGGGACCCCUGCAAGUAAUACUGUCAACUGUGAACCAAAGGAAGAUUUUGGUGGCCUUCACCCUGACCCAAAUUUGACCUAUGCAGCUGACCUUGUAAAGGAAUUAGAGAAAGGUCAACAUGGAUUUGGAGCUGCAUUUGAUGGAGACGGUGACAGAAAUAUGAUUCUAGGGCAGAAUGCCUUCUUUGUAACACCAUCAGAUUCAUUGGCUGUACUAGCUGACAAUUUAGAGUGUAUACCGUAUUUCCAAAAGACAGGGGUCAAAGGUUAUGCAAGGAGCAUGCCUACCAGUGGGGCUGUAGACAGAGUUGCAAAGAAAAAAGAGAAGAAAUGUUUUGAAGUACCCACUGGAUGGAAAUUCUUUGGGAAUCUAAUGGAUGCCGGACUACUUUCACUCUGUGGAGAGGAGAGCUUCGGUACUGGCUCAGAUCAUAUCAGGGAGAAGGAUGGAUUAUGGGCGGUGUUAGCCUGGUUAUCAGUUUUAGCUAGUAAGAAUAAGAGUGUAGAAGAAGUUAUAAGACAACACUGGAGUCAAUAUGGUAGAAAUUUCUACACUAGGUAUGACUACGAGAAUUGUGAAUCAGCCCCUGCCAAUAAAAUGAUGGAAAACUUAGGAAAUUUUAUCUCAGAUAGCUCAAACAUUGGCAAACCAUUUUCAUCAGGGGACAAAACCUAUACUGUAGCCAAGAUAGACAACUUCUCCUACACUGAUCCCGUAGAUAACAGUGUUAGUAAAAAUCAAGGUAUUAGGAUUAUAUUCAGUGAUGAUUCACGCAUUAUUUUCCGGCUGAGUGGUACAGGAAGCAGUGGAGCCACUAUCAGAAUGUAUAUUGAAGGCUAUGAAUCAGAUACCUCUAAAUUUAACCUUAGCCCUCAGGUUGUGUUGAAGCCACUGAUUGAUAUAGCAUUGAAUAUUUCCCAGUUACGUGAGAUUACAGGGCGACAAGAACCCACAGUAAUUACAUAAACUUUAAACCCACAAAAUUUUGUAAAUGAACUUGCCCAGCAUAUCAGUGAACAGUGUCGAGUCUGGUUAAACUGCAAGGGUUUACAAUUAAUUAAUU